AGAGAGUGUGUCAGUGUGUGUCAGUGUGUGUUUGUGUCAGGGUGAUGCCAGUCUCGCGUGAUGAGACUUGUGAGGGAAAGCGGGACAGUUGGGCAGUAUGAAAGCUGUGUAGGGAAAGGACUUGCAGGCACCCUAGCAACCGGAAUCGCCCCGAUCUGUGCAGCUCUCUGACAGCAGGGUGGCCGGAAAUCAAAAUAAGAGGUUUUUUAAAAGGAAAAAUGUAUGGUCAAAAUAAGCAAAAUAGAUUUGACUGAUAAAAAAGAAAAACAGUUGACAACGGGCCAUUUCUGAUAUACUGCAGUUUUAAGGCUUUCAGGAGCAUACGGUAAACCUAAGAAGUUAUAUCUUAAUGGCAGAAUCAUCAAGUGACUCCGACUCCUACCUGCGAACACGAGUAAGUAGACGUGGGCCUAUGAGGGCAAACCACAUGCAAGCAAGAUCCAGAGGAGUAGUGGAUGUUUCUGAAAAGAUCCAUACAUUGGCAAAUACACUUCAGGAUACAAGUAAAAACCUGAGGCAAGUCGACAAGAUGCUUGGACAUUACCGAGAGCACAACAGUGAGCAGACAGAAGCUAUUGCAUCACUAAAACAAAAUCUUGAGCAGUCAAUCGAUCAGCUAAGAAGUAAACGUUUGUCCCGUCUUUCUGGAACAAGGAGUGCAUCUCUAUCUAGUCUCUGUGCCAGCGACCUGGAUGCAGGAGAAACAGUGCCUAUCAGACAACAACUGCAGCCAACAUCUCCCCUCAAGGACUACCGUGAUAGGGGGGAAACAUGGCGGCGACGCCGUUCUCAUUCUGCUAAUGUGAGGUUUGUUGAAGAAUCAAACAAUACUGAUCAGUUGCAUACCCUGCACCAAUCACUGCGAGAUUUAAGCAGUGACCAGCUGCGUCUGAAUGAGGACUUCAGCAGAGAAUUUGCCAGAAGAAACAGGACUGAUGCAGAAACCAAGAGAACCCUUCAUGAUUUAACUGCUCGAGUCAACGAUACCCAGAGGCAGGAAUCUGUUUCUGAACGUGUGGAGCGCAGACUUCAAGAGCUAGAAAGGGAAAUGAAAUCAGAGCGACAGCAAGUAGAAAAACACCAGGAUCAUUUGGGCCAUGUGUCUGUUCAGCUCCAUGAGGCCUUAAAGAAAAAAGAAUCCUUAGCAGAAGAGGUAGUGGCAUCGCUUAAAGACAAGCUUGGCCAGGCUGAGCAAGAGAAAAUGCAGAUGGAGACUGAGCUGGUAAAUUACAGGAAGAGACUGGAUCAGACAGAAGGUAGCCGUGAAGCUCUUCUUUGCCAGGUUGAAGAUCUCAGGACUCAGCUCUUAAAGGCAGAGGAUGAUCGAGGGCUCCUACAGCACCAUGUUUCUCAGUUGUCUUUGCUAAGCCAACGCGAAACCCGAGAGGAAGAGAGAAGAGCACGUACAGUAGUUGAACGGACAGAGCUAGAGAAAAAGGAGCUGGAGCGGCAGAUAUUAGAGCUACGUGCACAACUGAGCAGAAGUGCCAUCUUGUCUGAGGUGGAGGACCUUAAACGAAGUCUUGAGCAGAAAAACCAUGAAAGGACUCAGCUUGCUGGGCAUAUAGAGGCACUGACUUCAGAUAUGGAGAAACGAGAAAAGCAACAGAUGAAGAUGCUACAGCAGCUUAAAGACAUCCAGAGUCGCUAUGAAAACUGUGAAAGGGAGAGGCAGCAGGCUGUUGAUCAUGUUUCUGAGCUAAACCAACAACUGGAAGAACUAAGCCAAGAAGCUGAAAGAUACUUGGGAGAACUGAGGCAAGCAGAAGCGCUGAGAGCUGAGACUGAGAGGAAAAAAGAAGAACUUAAGGCUAAAGCACAGGCAACAGUUAAACACUGGAGGCUAAAGUUCAAAAAGUUAGAGAAGGAGAUAGAAAAACAAGAAGAAACGAUUAAUCAAAUUAAAGACAGCAGUAUACAGGUAACAAAAGAGAGAGAUGAGAUGCGGUCUCAGCUUCAAGCCACUUUGCAACAAACAGACAACCUUCGCAGGGAGCUGGCUGAGGUUCUGGCGAGGCGUGCUCAGCAAGAGGAAGAGUUGCAUCUACGGGAUGUUCGACUGAGUGAGGCACGGGAGCAGCAUCUAGAACUAGAGAGAGAUUUGCAAGAGUCACAAGAAACAACUUGUAGACUUCAGGUGGAAUUAGAAAAAUACAGAGCUCUGCAGCAGCAAAUGCGGGAAGACCAUGAGAAGUUACAGGAAGCUCUUCUGUCCUCUGAGCAAACCCAGAAGAAGAACAAGGAAACAGUGCUAGAGUUGCAGGAGGUGGUGAAGAACAUAAGUGCAGAAAGAGCUGCACUGAGCAACCAGCUGGCAAAAGAAGUUAAGGCUUCUAAAGACCUACAGAAAAACUUGUGUGAAGCCCAGAAACAAGCAGAAUUUGCUCGGGAAGAACUUACUCUUGCAGGAAAGCAGUUAAAGAUGGAGAGGGAAGUGCACCAAAAGGAACUAACAGAUUUGCGUUCUGCUGCUCAGAGUGCAAAAGGCAAGCAUGAGCGAAGCCUACAGGAAAUGCUUGCACAUUUUAGGCAGGAAAGAGAAGAGCUGGAGAAUCACAUCUGCACCUUAAAGGCAGAACUGGUGGAGAGCAAAUCCCUGGUAAAGUCUGAACGCCAGCGCAUAGAGAGAAUGAAAGUGGAAUGUGACAAGCUAGCAGAAGAGGUUUCCCAAAGUAAUGAAGAGAAUGGUACACUUCGCUCAAAUUAUCAGCUGGCUAUGCAAGAUGUAGAGGACAAGGAAAAGGAGAUAAAGUCCAUAGAACUUAAUGCUAGAAAGUUUGAAGAGGUUAACCAGACGCUAACAGAACGACUACAUUCUCUUGAAAUGGAGCAAGAAACCAUCCUAAGUGCCAUAGAGGCAGAGCUCAACACUGUUUGCCAGCUUCUGUCUAAAGACUCCUUGGAUAAAUUCAAAGCCAUAUCCAACACCUCUCACCUAAGGAAUGAUCCUCACUACAGGCUGGCAGAGACUAAGACUAAACUGCAGUGGCUGUGUGAGGAGGUGAAGGAACGAGAGGAACAAAACAGAAAAAUUCAUUGUCAGCUCCAGCACAGCCAGGGACAACUAAAGGAACAAAGGCAGAAAAGAGAAUCAGAGCUUGAGGCUCUGUGCCAGCAGGUCACAGAACAAAAGCAGAAGCUGGAGGAGACUGACCAAGAAAAGAAGGAGUUGUUGGAGAAAAUCCGAAGACGAGAUGAAGAAAUGUGGCUUCUUCAGGAUCGAAUUAUGGAUCUGGAACGGAGUACAAGAAUGGCUCUGGAUCACCUGGAAUCUGUUCCUGAGAAACUGAGUUUGCUGGACAACAUGAAAGACCUUUGUGAUUCACAUCAGCAAAGAGAAGUAAUGGAGGAACGAUAUGCUCAGUACCGAGAGAUUGUUGGAUCUCUUCAGCAACAGCUAGAAGAUUCCAAGCGCAGGAUUCAGGAAUACAGGGAGGAGAGGAUUAAAGCAGAGGCACACAGUGCACGUCUAGCCUCCCUGUCAUCAUCAUUGCGGGCCCAAAACAGCACCCUGUCCAGCUCCUUAUAUUCGGAUUACAGCUCUUCUUUGAAGGAGCGACUUAAGCACAGUGAUUUCCUUGGAGACCACACGCAAUUCAUCACCAUGAAUGGGAAGGCUUCCUGAAGAAAGAACAUCCCAUACCAGUACCAUCAGCAUUAAGAGACAUUUCACCCUAUCUCAAACUAAAGAAAGAUGCCAGCAGUGUAGUUUUAGCAAUGUACAGGUUAAGACCUGCUUUCCUUUAAGUCAAGUGUUGGAUACAAACAGACCUGCAAGAAAAUCUUUCUGCCCGUCUCCUAAUCCACAGAACAUGAACUAUAAGUUCCAAGCAUAUUUGCCACUUGAACCAUUAAAGAGGACCUGUUACCCAGACAAAAAUGCUGUAUAAUAAAAGUCAUUUUCAAAUUAAACAGAAAAAUCAUCCAUACCUGUUAUAAAUGUAUUUAAAAAUACAACCUUUUAUUGUCAUGCCCACCCAACCAUUAUAGAAUUAUCAAUACCUGUAGAUUUCAGCUUGUUCUGCCCAUUAAAGCAGUGAUUCAUUUCAUUUUAAUGGCAGUGUAAAGGUGGCAUUGUUUUCUCCUGCAUACGACCCAUCAAAGUCACAUCCAGCUACCAAACCUGUAACACUAGUAAUGUUUAUGAAAUGGUUAAAAAAUCAUAGUCAAAUCACAAAUCCAGGCUGUUUUUGUCUCUGAAUCACUGUGUAUUGUUUCUCUUGUUUUCUCUUUUGUGUUAUUCUCUAUUGCUUCUGUUUUCCUCCAAAUGACCGUGUCACUUUUACAGCUUAAAUUAUUACUGUACAGUACAAAUGUCUUUGCUUGAUUUUAAUUAUGCAUAUUUAUAGUAUAUUUUAUUGUAAGCAAGGAAAUGAACAAGUAUGUUUCUACAAAUUGCAUUAUAUACAAAAUGUUUCUAAAUAUAUCAAGAUUUCUAUAUAAA